AUGGCGCCCAAACAAAGCAAGAUGCUUGCACUGAUCAACUAUCGGCUACGAGUGACGUUGAAUGAUUCCCGAACUCUCACUGGACAGAUGCUAGCAUUCGAUCGACAUCUCAACUUAGUUCUAGCUGAUUGUGAAGAGUUUCGGUUCAUUAAACAGAAGAAGAAGAAAGGCGGCCUCGCAGCUAAUUCAAAUGUUGAAGAAAAUGAAGAACUAGAAAUGAAGAGAGCGCUCGGCCUAGUCAUCCUCCGAGGAGAGACUAUCGUCAGCCUCAGUGUUGAAGGUCCUCCACCAGCAGUUGCUGACGAUAAAGGUCCAACAAUCGCGCCUGGUCGAGGAACGGGCGUUCCCGCUGGACGCGGUGUUGGUCUUGCCCCACCUCCUGGUGCUCCUCCUCCGAUGAUGCGUGGCCAACCGAUGUCUUUCCCUCGUCCAGGUGGUCCUCCCCCUGGCAUGCCUCCACCUGGCAUGGGCAUGCCACCCCCACCAGGCUUCAAUCCAAGAGGCCCACCUUUCAUGGGUAAUGCACCCCCAGGAUUCGGUCCUCCCGGUCAAGCUCCCCCACCCGGCUUCCACGGUGGACAAUCUUUCCAGUAGAUCUAGCUUAUAUGCCAAAAAUCAUAUCACUACAGGUGUUUUUUUUUUCUUCAGCAUGGGUGGAGAAACAAAUAUUCUUGGGACGUGACGGACUGGAAGGUGAUGGUUGUUUGAAGUUG